AUGGAAUCCCCAAUUAUUUCCUUUUUAAAUUAUGCUAUACAAAUUUUAUCUUUAUUUUCCUUAUUAUCAAUAGUAAUUGAGUGCAGAAAAAUAAAAAAUAUUUUAAAGCAACAACAACAACAACAACAACAACAACAACAACAACAACAACAACAACAACAAAUUAAUAAUAAUAUUGAAGCUAGUGCUUCCAUAAAUUUGGACUCCUUAGAAAAUUCAACACCUACUUCCUCUUCUUCUCAUUCCACUUCUUCUCCCUCCUCUUCUUCACCAUCAUCUCUAGUAUCUUCCGUAUCUUCUUUUUCUUUACCACCAUCAUCACCAUCAACAUCUUCUUCAUCAUCACUAGAAUUACAAUCAAUAAAUAUUGUUAAAGAUGUUAUUGACAAGGUAAACACUGAAGAAUUUAAAGAAUCAGAAUAUACAUAUGGUUAUUCUCAAACUCACGUUCACAAUCACGUUCACCUUCACGCUCAUUUUCACGUUCACGUUCACCUUAACGACAAUGGUUAUAAUUCUGAGGACGAUUUCUUCGACAACAAUGAAUUUAGUAAUUUCUCAAGAAAAGAAGAAUCUUGUGAUACCUCAGACACUGGGGGAUAUAGUGAUUCCUCAGAUAAUGAAGGAUAUAAGAGCCUAUCAGAAAUCGAAAGAUGUAGCACAUUAUCAGAAAAUGAAGGAUAUAGUACCCUAUCAGAAAUCGAAAGAUGUAGCACAUUAUCAGAUAAUGAAGGAUUUUCUAAUCUAUCAGACGUUGAAGGUGGUAGUCAAGAUAGCCCAAUGGAAAGAAGUAAAAGUCCAGUCUACCAAAAUGUAAAAGUUAAUAAAGUCGAAUUAUUUGAAGAAAACAAUAAUGAAAAUCUUGUAUUUUUAGAAUACAACGAUGAAUAUGGUAGAUUCAUUAUCAAAGAAAUAUCUGGACAUAAAUAUAACAAAUAUGAAGACCAAAGCUAUGGAGACUCCGAUGAAGAAACAAUUCCAAAAGAUAUGGAUGAAGAAACAAUUCCAAAAGAUAUGGAUGAAGAAAGUGAAGCUUCACAAAAUUUCAGUGAAGAAUGUAAAGGUAAUGCUGUCAUAGCCAACGGCUUACACGAUUCAUUUUUCAAUGAAAAAUUUGCCAAUACAACUAUUGGAGAAAGUGAAGAUUUUGUUAAUCAUUAUCAAAUAGUUCCAUAUGAAAAAGAUUUUGGUAAAAGUCAAGAAUCAAUUGAAGUCGGCUUAUCACCAGAGGUUUGCUAUUUAUUAAUCGAAUUUCCAGUAAAACCAGAAAGUGAAGAGACUCAAUAUUCAGAACAAUCAUCAGAUGGCAAUGCCAAAAUAGAAAAAAAUCUUCAAGAGAGUAGCUCAAUAAUUAUUUAUAAAACAACUAGCUUUGAUAAUAAUGAAGUCGAAGAUGUAGAGGAAGAAAAAGAUAAUGGAAAGAGUCAACUUAGAGAAACGAAAAAAGCCAAUUGCGAUGAUGAAUAUGGUCUUGGUUUCUUAUUAGAAGAAAAUGCCGAGAUCCCAGAAAGUAUCCUUCUAUUAGAAUAUGUUGUUGAAAAAAGGGAAAAUACUUUCGAAGAAGAAUUAGAAAUCCUUAUAGCUGAUUUCAAUAAAUUUCAUCUUAACUAG